AUGGGUGCGCAGGAGUCGACUGCCAGGGGUGAAGCGCAGGGAUCAGCUGUACCCGACUACUAUGAUAUCCUCGGCGUGGAGGAAUCAGCUACUACUGAAGACAUUAAGAAAUCUUUCCGGAAGCUUGCCCUCGCGCAUCACCCUGAUAAGAAUCAGGACGAUGUCGAAGGUGCUACGAAGCGAUUUGCGGCCAUACGGCAAGCUUAUGAGGUGUUGAGCGACGAGCAAGAACGAGCGUGGUACGAUUCCCAUAAGGCAUCUUUGGGUCCGGAACCAGAUUCGGAUGUUGUGUUCGAGAACAUACGAAGAGGCGCCCCCGCCACCCAUACCCGGGGCCGUGGCCUGACGGUGCGACACCUUUCUCACUUCUUUGACGCGACCCGGUGGUCUGCAUUCGACAAUAGCGAAAACGGUUUCUUCACGUUGUACCGCAAUCUCUUUUCCAGGUUAGCACAAGAAGAAAAUUACAUUGCCUCGCUCGACUAUCCUUCAUUCGGAUACUCCACCUGGACAUGGUCAUCAAGUGAGAGGCCCUCCGAGGCAGCACGUCAUUUUUAUAAUGCAUGGAUCAACUUCUCGACUAUGAAAGAAUUUACGUGGAUGGACAAGUACAAUAUUGCGGAGGCACCUGACCGACGAAUUCGAAGGUUAAUGGAAAAAGAGAACAAGAAAGCACGCGACGAUGCCAGGCGGGAAUACAACGAAACUAUCCGGUCUCUUGCUCUUUUCAUCCGCAAACGCGAUCCGCGGUACAGAACUUACCUCAGUCACCAGGCAGAGCUGAAUGAAUCACGAAAGGCGUCCGGCUUGUCUACGCCGCUUAGCAAUUCUAAAGUCGCCCGGAAUGUGCAAAACGUAUAUGUUGAGCAGGAGUGGCAGAAGACUGCUCCUUCUAUGAUGGAUGACGAUGACUUAGACUGGGCAGUAGCUGAAGGGAAAGAUUCGGAAGAGUGGGAAUGUGUCGCGUGCGGAAAAUCGUUCAGGAGCGAGGCAGCGUGGGACAGUCACGAGCGAAGUAAGAAGCACAUGAAAGAAGUUGGGAAGCUGAAGCGAGAGAUGAGGCGGGAAAAUGCGGAGUUGGGGCUUGACGGUGUGGAUGGUGGAGUUGGUGAUAACAUGGGUCAGUCCGACGGGGUAGUGAGGGUGAUGGCAGAAGUGUCACCUCCGCCACGGUCGGCAGCCAGCCCGUCUCUGGACGAGAGCGUUACUGCUGAAUUGGACAGUCAGGUACCUGACCACGUCUCCGUAGUGGAUGCAAGUACGCCAAAGACCGACGAAGAGUCGGAGCGACCAAACACGGAUCUUGAUCAUAAUGCGCUGCAUAACCAACCUGAGGUUCCGAUCAAGCCGGACAUGUCUAAAAGAGAAAUGAGGAAGUUGAGGGAGGCGAGGAAGGCUGCGCAACCUCCUCCUGCUCAGACGUGUAAUGUCUGCAAACAACCUUUUGGCAGUAGGACAAAACUCUUCGCGCACAUUCGAGAAACCGGUCAUGCUCUCACAACCCCACUGGAUGGGGAUAAACCACAUGACAAACGGGGUAAAAAGAGCAAGAGAUAAUAGCGGAUUCUUCUUGCCGACAUCGAAGUACACUGGUAUACAGCAUAGACCACCAUGAACUUUACACAUCAAAUUAGCCCAUCAAUUGCGAGACAUCCUCUGGCGGAUACUUUGUUUGUGAAAAUGUCAAGAGACUGCAGAGCCAAAUCAGUGUACCAC